UCAGAGUCCGAUUCAGAAACUGAAAGGAAAGGAUUGUUCCGGAGCUUCGUGAAGUGUUUCUCCGCGCUUAUAAGAAUGGCAGAGGCGAUUUCAAGCGACAAUGAGCUUUUUACAUGUCCGAUUUGUUUGGAUCUUCUUAGGGAUCCAGUGACUACUAAUUGUGGACACAGUUACUGUAAAGGCUGCAUUAAGGGCUGCUGGGAUCAGGAAGAUCAGAAGGGAGUCUACAGCUGCCCCCAGUGCAGACAGACGUUCGCCCCAAGACCCGUUUUAAACAAAAAUAAUAUUGUUGCUGAACUUGUGGAAAAGAUCAGGAAGACCAGAAUCCAAGCUGCUGCUCCUGUUUCAUGUCCUGCUGGACCUGGAGAUGUGGAGUGUGACGUCUGCACUGGGAGAAAACUCAAAGCUGUGAAGUCCUGUCUGGAUUGUCUGUUGUCUUACUGUGAAACUCACUUCAAAGUUCACAAUGAUGUCAACCCCGGAAGAAAACACUCAGUGAUUGAUGCCACAGGCCAGCUACAGGAGAGGAUCUGCUCUCAUCAUAAGAAGGUUUUUGAAAUAUUUUGUCGAACCGAUCAGAGUUGUAUCUGCUAUCUGUGCACGAUGGACGAACAUAAAGCCCAUGACACAGUCACUGCUGCAGCAGAACGGACACACAAACAGAGGCAGUUGGGGCAGACCCAGAGGAGAUUCCAGCAGAGAAUCCAGGAGAGAGAGAAGGAGCUGCAGAAGCUGAGGAAGGCUGUGAAGACUCUCAAGAGCUCUGCACAGACAGCAGUGGAGGACAGUGAGAGGAUCUUCACUGAGAUGAUCCGCUCCAUUGAGAGAAGGUGCUCUGAGGUGAAAGAGCUGAUCAGAGAUCAGGAGAAGGCUGAGGUGAGUCGGGCUGAAGACCUCCUGAAGCGACUGGAGCAGGAGAUUGCUGAGCUGAAGAGGAGAGAUGCUGAGCUGGAGCAGCUUUCACACACAGAGGAUCACAUCCAUUUCCUCAAGAAUGUCCUGUCAAUCAGAGACUCUCCUCACUCCUCGCCCAGCAUGACCUUCAACCAAAGCUUCUCUUUUGAGGCUGUGAAGGAAUCUGUCUCUGGAGUGAAGGUGCAGCUGGAUGACAUCUUCAGGCAGGAAGUAGUCAAGAUAUCUGCAGCAGUAACGAAUAUCCAGAUCAUCCAGUCCUUAGAAUUGUCUGAAGUCCAGGCUGUUUUUCCUGAACCAGUGACCAGAGAGGAGUUCUCACAGUACUCCUGUCACUUCACACUGGAUCCAAACACAGCACACAGAAAGCUCCAUCUGUCUGAGGGGAACAGGAGGGUGGAGAGGAGAGAUGAGGUCCAGUCAUAUCCUGAUCAUCCAGAGAGAUUUGAUGAGUGGGGUCAGGUGCUGUGUAGAGAGGGUGUGUCUGGACGCUGCUACUGGGAGGUUGAGAGGAGUGGGGAGCUGGUUAUGAUAUCAGUCUCCUAUAAAAGCAUCAGCAGGAGAGGAUGGGGUAAUGAGUGUGUGUUUGGAUGUAAUGAUCAGUCCUGGAGUCUGAUCCUCCUCAGCAGCAGCUCCUCUUUCAGACACAAUAAUAAAGACACUAAUCUCCCUCUAGUGGCCAGCUCCAGAAUAGGAGUGUAUGUGGAUCACAGGGCAGGAACUCUGGCCUUCUACAGCAUCUCUGACACAAUGACCCUCCUGCACAGAGUCCAGACCACAUUCACUCACACACUCUACCCUGGGUUUGGGCUAUAUCCUGGAACAGUGAAGCUGUUGUGACUGACAUGUCUGCCAGCAGCGCGUUUAACACUUGUCUAUGUGUGUGUGUUUGUGCGCAUCGGGGCGGAACUCUACCGUGCGCGAUACAGAGAGCAGAGGAGAAUUG